CAAUGGAUGGAAUAAAGAGAAAAUAGAUUAUUGGGCCAGAUUGGACGACCCAAAUCCAGUUCAACAACGUUCUCGUGCUUCCUCUAUCUCCCAAGCAUGAAUAUGAACUUCCUCCGUAUUAUCAUCAGUGUUCAGUGAUAUAGAGCUGUCGCCUCCGUUUACGAUUAAUGCUGAUGCUCUUUGUGACACGCCCUUGGAUCAUUGCUGCUGAUUCUUGAUUGUUUUCUACCUUUCUAAUUUGCGUCGGAAGCAUCUUAUUUGCAAGGCAAUGAGUCUGGAAAAGAAUCCUUGUGUUUUUUUAGAUGUAUCAGUUGAUGGGGAUCCCGUGGAAAGAAUUGUUAUUGAGCUUUUUUCUAGUAUAGUUCCUAAGACAGCCGAGAAUUUUCGGGCCCUUUGUACAGGUGAGAAAGGCAUCGGAGAAUCAACUGGGAAACCUUUGCAUUAUAAAGGAACAUGUUUUCAUCGUGUAAUUAAAGGGUUUAUGGCUCAAGGUGGUGAUUUUUCAAGGGGUAAUGGCACUGGUGGAGAAAGUAUAUAUGGAGGAAAGUUUGCAGAUGAAAAUGUCAAACUAAAACAUGAUGGACCUGGUAUCCUUUCAAUGGCUAAUAGUGGUCCUAACACCAACGGAUCUCAGUUUUUUAUUAUAUUCAAGCGUCAGCCUCAUCUUGAUGGGAAACAUGUUGUUUUCGGAAAAGUUGCCAAGGGAUUGGAGAUUCUGAAGAAAAUGGAGCAGUUGGGAACAUCCGACGGGAAACCUGCCCAGCCAAUUAAAAUUGUUGAUUGUGGUGAAAUCUCUAAAGCAAAAAGCCAGCAUACAGUGGAGAAGGAGAAAGGGAAAAGGAGAAAGUCAGCAAAAUCUUUAAUUUCUGAUGAUAGUUCUGAUGCCGACAAAAAACCAAGUAGAAAAAGAAAAACAUCUUCCAAAGACAGAAGGAAGAGAAGGAGGAGAUACUCAACAUCUGAUAGUGACAGUGAUAGUGACAGUUAUUCCUCAGAUUCUGAAUCAGAUUCUGACUCAGAUUCAUCGUAUUCUGAUUCAAGUUCUUCUAGUGAUGGGAAACACCAGAAUAGGAAGAAAAAUAAUCGUAGGCAUGGGAAGAAGAGAAGUAUUGGACGGAAGCAGAAAAGAAGCCAACACAGUCGUAGAAGAUCAAAGCACAAGUCCAAAAGGAGUUCUGAAGGUUCAAGUGAUUCAGAAAGUGAGAGUUCCAGUGCUAGUGGUAGUUCUGGUGAUAAGAAAGCUGAUCGUCAUGUCUCUGGUCGUAAAAAACAGGCCGACAGCAAAGCUAAAAAAAAUCUAGACACAGGAAAGCAAUCUUCUAGCCUUCCCUUACAAAGUCAAACUAUUCCAGAACUAGGGGUGGAUCCUAAGGUUAGAAGGACUAUGGACAAACAAUCACACGAAGAAGGUGAAUUGUCUCCAGAAAAUGGCGAAUUUCUGAAUAACAGGCAUGAUAUUCAAGCUGAAUUUAGUAAACCUGCUAAUCAACAUGGUUAUUCAGAUGAUUCAAAUCGCAAAAGAGAUGUGAGUCCCGGAAGAAGUCCUGCUGGGAGUCCUACCAAGAAUUCAGAGGAGCUCAAACGACGUGCUUUACCGGCUAGUCCUGACCAAAAAGCAUCUGAACUUGCUGCCUCCAAACAUGGCCGGGGAAUUUCAAAAAGCCCUUCGCCAAAUGGUAUGCCAAAGCGCGUUAAAAAAGGACGAGGCUUUACGGAGCGUUAUGCCUUUGUACGCAGAUAUCGUACUCCAUCUCCAGAGCGGUCUCCCCAUGCAUAUCGUUAUGGCGAAAGAAAUAUAAGAAGGAAUUUUAAUAGAAAUACAAGCUACAGAAGUUAUUCUGAGCGCUCACCACCACGACGUUUUCGAAGCCCACCAAGGCGCAGGAGCCGUCCCAGAUACCAGAGCAGAAGAAGUCAGAGUAGGAGCAUCUCCCACAGUCCAGAACGAGGCCGAUAUAGAGACAAUGGUCGUGGUCGGAGUCCAAUACGUAGUGUUAGCCCAGAAGGCAGGCGACCUUCCAUAAGUGACAGAUUAAAAUCCCGACUUGGUGCACGAGAUAAUCAACAAUCUCCAGACAGAGAUAGGCCAAAGUCAAAUUCGAGGAGCAAUGGCUCUUCAAGUUCAAGAUCGCCUGAUGCUACACCCCCAAAGCGUUAUGACAAAAGGACUUCUGUAUCUCGUAGCAGGUCUAGAUCGAGCUCUGCAUCCGGACAUAAGGGUUUGGUUUCGUAUGGAGAUGCUAGUCCUGAUUAUGGGGCUAGGUAGUAUUAUGCUGACUGGAUAACAGCUUUCAAGUCCCAACCGGAGCUGAAAUUUCUAAACAUUCUGUAGCAAGUCUCAGCCAAAGGAGAAAUACUUGGACACAACCUCACACAGGUGUUUCUCCAGCCAAAGACCCUCGAGUAAUGUGGGGCACUACUUCGCGGCUUACAUAUUGUCGCGUCUUUAGUGGAGUUCUGAUGUUGAGCUUAAAGUAUUGUGUGUCAGCUUAAAAAUUACUAACAACAAGCCUUUUGUUGUCAAAAACUUGAAUUGAUCCAUUAUUGUUUUUUGACUUCAACCGUCAUGUUUGUGUUCAUUAUUAUUUGUCCUGAAAUAAUUUUAUUUACAGUUUUUUCUCUCCUUUCAAAGUAAUCCUAUCUAAGUGUAAGACCUGAACCGAACUUUCUGGUUUUAUGAACUUUUUCCUGCAAAACUUGAAUCAAAUUGUACCCACAAUUUUUUA